GGACCCUGUAACGGGCAGGCGAUUAGUGAAUGCAACCACUGGAGCUUCCUAAUUUGUGAAAUGCACCUCCGUCAUGACCAAGAAUCCGAGGUCCAUAGCGGGGUUGUUCAAAUCUCCCCUCCAUCUUUGUUCUUUUCAAGCAACAACACGAACACUUUCUACAAAGACUGCAAGGUCAGCGCAACAAAGUCUGUAUACAGAAGUGCGACGUUUGAAUCCGAUAUCAUCCACGCGACCACGUUUCUUAUCGCGAACACCCCACGCAAGAGCUAUCACCAUGGUCGCUGAAAACUACGAGGCUGUCCUCAAGGGCAAAUACCCAGGCAAAGACCAUGCCAAACGUGUCGUGGACCUCAUCCGCAAGGAUGUCCCUGAUGCCAAUGGUAUUCUAUACCUUGAGAGUCAAGUUACUCGAAUGAUGGAAGAUAGCGACGAGCCCGAGCCCUUCCGUCAGCGCCGAUACUUCUACUACCUCACCGGCUGCAACCUCCCCGACUGCGCUUUCGUCUACGACAUCCAAUCCGCGAAAUCCACACUCUUUAUUCCUCCUAUCAACCCCGACGAUGUCAUCUGGUCCGGUCUCCCCGUCAGCAUCGACGAGGCCCUCGCGCAAUACGACGUCGACGAAGUCAAGCUCACCACCGAACUCAACGCUACCCUCGCACACCUCGGAUCCGAGAACCCCAAGUCAUCAGCCUUUGCCAUCGCGAACCAAGUCUCCGACCACGUUUCCUUCAUCGGCUUCGACAACAAGAACUUCAAUGUGUUGAAGACAGCUAUCGAGACCUCGCGAGUGGUCAAGGACGAGUUCGAGGUUGCUAUGCUACGAAAGGCAAAUUAUAUCUCUGGCAUUGGACAUCGCGCUGUGUUUGCAAGGGCCAAGACUGCCAAGAAUGAGCAGGAGUUUGAGGCGGCCUUUAAGGAGAGAUGCUAUUCUUAUGGUGUUAAGAAGAUGUCGUAUGAUCCUAUUGCUGCUGCUGGAAGAGCUGCUGCUACGCUGCACUACGUCCCAAACAACGCGCCUCUGGAGGGCAAGCUCAACCUGUUGAUGGAUGCUGGUGGCGAGUGGAACAACUACGCUGCUGAUAUUACACGAACAUUCCCUCUCUCGGGCAAGUUCACCAAGGAGUCUCGCCACAUCUACGAGACCGUCCUCAAGAUGCAAAAGGAGUGUAUAUCAGUUCUCAAGGAGGGUGUUGUCUGGGACGAUGUUCAUCUGCUCGCCCACAAGAUCGCCAUCGACGGACUCCUCGAAGCUGGCAUUCUCAAGGGCGACAAGGACGAAAUCCUCAAGGCUCGCACGAGCGCUGCUUUCCUCCCUCACGGUCUAGGUCAUUACCUUGGCAUGGACACCCACGACACCGGCGGCAACCCCAACUUUGGCGACAAGGAUAAGCUCUUCCGCUACCUACGCGUGCGGGGCACUCUCCCCAGCGGCAGCGUUGUCACUGUCGAGCCUGGUAUUUACUUCUGCAAGUUUAUCAUCGACCCUUACCUCGAGGACCCCGUGCACAGCAAAUUCAUUGACAAGGACGUUCUGGACAAGUACUGGGAUGUCGGUGGAGUUCGCAUCGAGGACAACAUCCUCAUCACCAAGACUGGCUCUGAGAAUCUGACUGAUGUACCAAGGGAAGCUGAUGAGAUGGAGGCCCUGGUUUCUGGAAGUUAGAGUGAAGCGAGCCCCAACAUAAUAAGCUUAUUUGGGAGAUGAUCAAUAGACCAAUAAAUAUUCUAUAAAUAUCAUCCCCGCGAUUUCUAUCGAUGUUUAA